AUGACUUCGAGCGUGCAGGCGACUCGGGAGUCCGUCAAGAAAAUUUUAGCUCAGACAGACCUUGAUACGAAAGACGGCAUAUCGCUUCUCUCACUCAAACACCACCUCAUGCUUUCAUACUGUCAAGCACUUGUACUUCUCUCCGCCCACCGCGUACUCGGUCACACACUAAACGAUAGGACUUCAUCAACCCAACAAAGCACAUUCAGCUCCGCUGAACGCAGUCCUCGAGGUUCUCAAGCCGGUGAUCUCGUGGAUUCGAUGAUUGAGAACAGAACAGUGCUAGAGAAGGUGAAAGCACUUGAGAGUAAGAUGCGAUACCAGAUUGAGAAGCUCAUUCGGCUAGCGGAGGAGUCUCCUGACGAUGCUGGGAAAAACAUCGUCAAUGAUCCUCUUGCUUUCCGACCGAAUCCACAAAACUUAACGACCCAGGACGCCUCAAAUUCUUCCGAAGGCACUGCCUCAGACUUGGGCUCGGACUCGGAAUCAAAACAAAAACGGAGCGGGAUCUACCGUCCCCCAAAGGUCGCUCCAAUGCCUUACACCGAAGACGGUGCGCGCUCAAAGUCCAAAGACCAUCAACGCCGCGCCCCCAUACCAAACGCACUCGUCCAACUAGGGCACUUCGACCCCCACAUGGAAAGUACCUCUGGUCUCGGAAACGUCCCCGCCCUCCAAUCCGCACGUGCAAAAGAACUUGCGCGCAUGACAGAGUUCGAAGAAGAGAACUUCACGCGACUGGUAAUGAAGAAAAAGGAUUCAAAGCGUCGAAGACGGGACGAGGAGGACCUUGCACUUGGUGGGACGGGCGCUGGGCUCGCUCCUGGUUCACGUGGCCGCGGGAGACGCGGUGUAGGCCUAGAAGACGAGUUUGCUGACGUUCUCAAAUCAGUUAACCGCCGAAAGGAAAGUACGAUCGGUGAUGGGUAUGAAGAACUCCGUCAGCGCGGAAAGAAAGACGAUGUAUUAUCACGUUCACGUGCGAGAAGUCGGGAGGAACUUGAGAGCGAUGUUCUAGGAGGCCCCAAAAAGAAGAAAGGCAAGUUCGAGAAGGAUCAAGCGGCGUUGAAAAAGGUGUUGAAGAGGAAGAUGAAACGAUAG